AUGGUAACAAUUGAAUACGAGUCUUAACCAAAAAGUUGUGAUUGUGAUUAAAAGUUUAGUUUUGAUGGCAGUAAAGGGCACAAUAUUGAUGAUAUAUCAUGUGUUACGUUGCAGUGUAUGGUGGRAWAUCGUCGGGACAGAUGUUUAACACAUCCAUUGUGCUUUAUUGUCCUGAGCACGAAAUGGAAAAGGUUUGGCUGCCCUAUAUUUCUUAUAAAUCUUCUGUUGUUUCUAUUACUCCUUGUACCGCUGACCUAUUUGCACGUACUGCUUGAAGACACAGAUGAUAUAUACUGCAGCCAAAGGCUAAACUAUACAAAGGACGGGGAAGUUGUUUUUGACUUGAAUGACACCACGUGUUUCAUUAAAUAUCCAAGAAUGCGUUACUUUGCGUCUGUAAGUAGUUGGCUUGAUAUCAUUGGCGUUGUGACAGCGUUAGUCUCUGUUAUACCACCAUGCGAGUGCAAGUGGGGUCUCCAGAAGGAAUUUGCAGCCUUUGCGAUAUUUGUGUGCUGGAUCAAUCUGAUUUUGUACUUCCGAAGGCUUCCAUUCUAUGGGAAAUACGUUAUCAUGUUGUACUGUAUGUUCACAACUUUGCUCAAAGUUUUGGUGCUGUUUAUGUUCUUCGUCAUCGCAUUUGCGUCAACAUUUCAUAUUAUUAUGGACAAGGACCCCUUUACUUCAAUGCCAAAUAUUCUUAUGAAUGUGUUUAUAAUGACACUGGGAGAGAUGAAUUACACUGAUGUGUUUAUGCCAUGGAGUGAGUUAUACUACCCUUACAUAGUCAACGCGUUGAUGGUGAUGUUCUGUCUUACUAUGCCUAUCAUCAUGAUGAACAUGUUGGUUGGUUUGGCUGUCGGCGAYAUUGAUAAAAUCGAGAGAAAUGCUUUAAUUGAUCGAUACAUCAUGCAGGUGGAGCUAUUGAUUGAUCUUGAAAAUGCUCUCCCAUCAUGGCUUCUUAAGCGUUUUCACUUAAGCCAUGUCAUCGACUACCCUAACAAAGAUCGCUCAAUACUGACUAAGAUCUUCGACGCUCUUGUCGGUUUUGGCACCGGUCACGACGAAGAUGCCGAAAAUAAUAGUGACCGAAACGAAAUGCCGGAAAUUGCAAAAAUACAGGAAAAACUGGAAGAUCAUGCAGCAGAAAUGGAAGAAAUACACAAAACAGUAACGACAAUUCUAGAUCUKUUACGCUCACAAGAAGAAGCUGCAAAAAUUGCCAAAGCUGAAAAAGAUGAAAAAUCUUCAACAGCAGGAGGCAUCCCUGGAUUGGACUUCUUAGGCAUGAAGCGACCUGCAUUCUUUGGAAUUAUGAAAGCUGACGAGGAAACAAAUCAAGAUAUCAAGAUAGAUAAAUAAUUCACAUCWUUCCGGUUUUCAAAUCUUGGACGGGAAUAGAAAAUAAAUUGUCGCUAUUCUUUAUCACCAUAAUUAGGUGUUAUGACUUCAUAUUCAGGAGAUCGGAGGUUCUCAAAAUAAAUAUUCAAGUCAGUUAAUAUAAUUCCACAUUACUUACAAUAUUUUGGAUUUAUGUAUCAAGUUAAAA